GCGGGGGCGCGCGCGGCGGCGUGUCGGGAGCGCGCCGCAGGCAGGCAGGCAGGCAGGCAGGCCGGCGGCGGAGGGAUCCCGUCGAGCGGUGCUGCGGCCGGGCCGGGUGAAUGGGAUUGAAGAAGAGUUCAGCUUCUCGGCUUGUUUUUGUGUCACAGUUUCUCUCCUCCUGCGCCUCUCCGGCUUCGUGCCUCCCUCCCCGCCCGCCCCCUCCUCCCCGCCGCAGGAGGAGCCCCCCGCGGAGAGGGGGAAGGAAAAGGACCCCACAGAGGCGAGAGCGAGCGAAGAGGAGGAGAAGGGAGCAACCUACCAUCUUCCACUCCCCGCUUAGCUUAAAGAAAGUGAGAGGAGAGGAGAGAGAGAGGCGCCCAGAAGAGGGGGACAGGGAGGCCCGGAGGAGCGGCGGCGCCGGCACCCUCCCCCUAUGAAGAAGAGUCCUCCCCCUCACAGAGAGGUCCUGCCAGGGGGACCCCGGCCGGCCCGCACCACCACCGCCGCCGCCAGCAGGCGCCGGGAAAAUUCCGUUUCUUCUGCAACUUGUUAUUCAGGAGCCGAGCCUGCCCCCCUCGCCCUGGGGCUGCCCUUCCCGCACAGGAGGGGGUAGAGAGCUGAAGGGGAUAACUUUCUUAAAACUGCACUGGUGUUAAAGAGGAAACCAGAAACUAAAGGCACUGGAAUCAGCAAAGAUACUUCUAGAGAAAGUGGAGAAGGUAGAGAAUGGAGCUGCAGACUCUACAGGAGGCUCUGAAAGUGGAAAUUCAGGUUCACCAGAAAUUGGUUGCCCAAAUGAAGCAAGAUCCGCAGAUAUUUUUUCUUUCUAAUCAGAACGCUGAUUUGAAGAAACAGCUUCAUGAACUUCAAGCCAAAAUCACAGCUCUGAGUGAGAAACAGAAAAGAGUGGUGGAACAGCUUCGAAAGAAUUUGAUAGUGAAGCAGGAACAGCCAGACAGUAAGUUUCAAAUACAGCCAUUGGCACAGUCAGAAAACAAACUACAGACACCACAGCCGCAACCACUACAGCAGCUACAGCAACACCACCAUCAACAGCAGCAGCAAUCUACUGCACCCUCUCCAAACGUGAUCGGAUCACAGAAAACUGUAACUACAGCUUCUAUGAUCACCACUAAGACACUACCUCUCGUCUUGAAAGCAGCAACUGCGACCAUGCCUGCCUCUGUUGUGGGUCAGAGACCUACCAUUGCCAUGGUUACUGCUAUCAACAACAAUCAGAAAGCAGUCCUCAGCACUGAUGCGCAGAAUGCACCAGUCAACCUCCAGACAACAAAUAAGGUCACUGGGCCAGGAGCUGAGGCAGUCCAAAUAGUGGCAAAAAACACAGUAACUUUGCAGGUUCAGGCUACGCCUCAGCCCAUAAAAGUGCCGCAGUUCAUCCCUCCUCCCAGACUUACUCCUCGUCCAAAUUUUCUUCCACAGGUUCGACCUAAACCAGUUGCCCAAAAUAACAUUCCUAUUGCCCCAGCACCUCCUCCAAUGCUUGCAGCUCCUCAGCUUAUUCAGAGGCCUGUGAUGUUGACAACAAAGUUCACACCCACCUCUUUACCCAACUCUCAGAACUCCAUACACCCUGUUCGUGUAGUUAACGGGCAGACAGCAACCAUAGCCAAAACUUUCCCUAUGGCACAGCUCACCAGCAUUGUGAUAGCAGCACCGGGUACCAGGCUCGCUGGACCUCAGACUGUGCAGAUCAGCAAACCAAACAUUGAAAAACAGACUAUUAAACCACAUGUGGAAGCAGAAGAGAAGCAAACAGAAAGUCGUACAGUUACUCCACCUGCUGCACCGAAGCCAAAACGAGAAGAAAAUCCACAGAAACUUGCCUUCAUGGUGUCUCUGGGACUAGUUACUCAUGACCAUCUGGAAGAAAUCCAAAGUAAGCGACAAGAGAGGAAAAGAAGAACAACAGCAAAUCCAGUGUACAGUGGAGCCGUUUUUGAGCCUGAGCGCAAAAAGAAUGCAGUCACGUACCUGAACAGCACAAUGCAUCCCGGGACACGUAAAAGAGGUCGUCCACCUAAAUACAACACGGUGCUGGGGUUCGGGGCUUUGACCCCCACAUCCCCUCUAUCCAGUUAUCCUGACUCCCCCGAAAAUGAAAAGACAGAGACCACAUUUACUUUCCCCGCAGCUGUUCAGCCUGUGUCCCUGCCUAGCCCCAGCUCCACAGACGGCGAUAUCCAUGAGGAUUUUUGCAGUGUUUGCAGAAAAAGCGGGCAGUUGCUGAUGUGUGACACAUGUUCACGUGUUUAUCACCUGGACUGUCUGGACCCGCCUCUGAAAACCAUUCCCAAGGGCAUGUGGAUCUGUCCCAAAUGUCAAGACCAGAUGCUAAAGAAGGAAGAAGCAAUCCCAUGGCCAGGAACCUUAGCAAUUGUUCAUUCAUAUAUUGCAUAUAAAGCAGCAAAAGAAGAGGAAAAACAGAAACUACUUAAAUGGAGUUCAGAUUUAAAACAGGAAAGAGAACAACUAGAGCAGAAGGUCAAACAGCUCAGCAAUUCUAUAACGAAAUGCAUGGAAAUGAAGAAUACCAUCCUUGCAAAACAGAAGGAGAUGCACAGCUCCUUGGAGAAGGUAAAACAGCUGAUCCGCCUCAUCCAAGGCAUCGACCUUUCAAAACCCAUAAACUCUGAAGUCAAUUCAGUAGCCAUCUCCAAUGGCAUGGACUCCACUAACAAUACUAAUGCUGCCACCUCCACCUUAGCCCCCUCCCCUUCCCAGAGCUGCAUGGUGAACUGUAACAAGAGCGAUGAGACUAAAUAACACAGUGAAGUUAAGAAGGCGCCAAGGGAGGUGGCGGCAAGGAGGAAGAGCAAAAUAAUGAAACUCUAGAAAAGCAAAACCGGAUUUCUUCUGGAAAGUGCAGAAUUCUUUAGUUCUUUGGUUCCAGAGAGAGCGUGAAGAUGCUUGUGCCAGGCGGCACCGGAGUUUGCCAAUUGAUCCUUCUUAUUCUGUGUGUACAUGCAAAGUUUGGAUCAUGUUACAUGAAUAGUGCCAGCUGGGGGUUCUUUGCCAGCACCAUGCCAAGUGAAAUAAUAUAUUUACUCUCUCUAUAUUUUACACCAGUGUGUGCCUGCAGCAGCCUCCACAGCCACUAUAGGUUUGUUUUAUUUUUGUUUGGGGUGAGGAGCAGGGAUGAGGGAGGAGAGCAGGUUUCAAAUCCUUAUUUGCAGAACAGUUUGUUUAGCUAGGGAAAAACAAAAACAAGUCCAAAGAGCCUGUGGGCUUUUCCUGUUUCUAAACUCUCAGUACUAUUAAACCAAAAAAACAGAAAUAUAAAUUAUCAAAUCCCAGUGCCCAGAAGGGACGAGUCUAUCAAAUAAGCAGUAUUUACUAUUGUUUAGACAGGAGAUGUACAAAAGGAAAGGAGAUGGACUUUUCACUGAGUAACCAGCACAUGUACAGGCUGAGGAUCUACUGUCCCAACAGCUUUGGGUUAAUCCUAUUUCUUCACAUUAAACACCAGACAUGCUUUGCAGAAUUGUUUGGGUCCUCACACUCAUCCAGAAAGCCUACGUUGGGAACGGGAAAACAGAGGGCCAGAAUCCAGGGUCAGCUUGGAGCAUUGGACGGAGGUGUCCCAAGAGAAAAUGUGCAUUGAUUACUUGAAAAUGAGAUUCCAACCCUUUUCUAUAUUUAUAAACAACAAAGGUAUCCUGAACAAAGUAACACAUGACCCAGAUGUGUGAACUGAACAGAGAAAUGUCCUUUUCUUUCACUUCCUUUCUCUUCUUUUGGUAACAAGAACUAAAUAAGGAAUAGAAAAGCUGUUUUUCAGGCUGACAGUCUAAUUAAAGAGGUAGAUGGGACCUUGCAUGGUAUAGAUUAGAAGUAAUAGUGUCAGUGAGAUACAGUGAGUCUUUGUGAGUCCUUGUGUCAUCGUUUUGGGCACUGUUUUUUUAUGCAAGGGCAAAAUCUUUGUAUCUGGGGGAAAAAACCAACUUUUUUAAAUUAAAAAGGAAAAUAAAAGAUAUUGAGGUCUUCCUAGUGUUACUUAAAAUAAGAUCAAGGUAAGAAACAUUGUAAAAAAAAAAAAUUACAAAAGUGCUAUUUGUUUCCUAAACAAGUGAUUUCUAUUAAAAAGGUGUCAGAACUGGAGAAAAUGCUGUGUACUUAGAAUUUUUUAACACAGACUUUGCUUAUUUAUGAUGACAUUCUGUCUGCUGUGUUUGUGUUUUAAAAUCCAAUGGGACAGUUUCCGUAGAUUAUACAAUACGUGCUACUGGCUAAACUCUAAGAGAAUCAAAUCCCACAGUGCUGGAUCUCGCCCCACCUGGGGGAUCUGCCAGGCUUGUCUCUGCCGUUACCGUAUCUCCCCCAUGCUUUCAUAUGUUUGUAGCCCAGAGAAAAGCAAUUGGCAGCAUGCUUGUUUAAGGCUUUUAUAGUUUUGUGAUAUGGACUGAUUAGAGCUUGAGAAUGAAAGACAGUGAGUUGGUUGGACUAAAAAUCGCCUUCUGUUACAUCCUCUUGUUUAAGAAGUUCAUCUCAUGUAUAAUCUUUUGGCUCUAGAGAGCAAGGCUUGCCUUAUGCUUCCUUUUAUUGUGGGGUCUGUCACAGUUGAGAUUGCUGAUUCUGGUCUCUUCGGGUUGUGUCCCAGAGCUGCCUAGUUUCACUACUGCGUAUAAACAUUUGGGCAAACCCCAUUUCCACUGGAAGUACUGGGAAAACUCCCUUUACUUCCAGUGGGAGCAGAGUUGAGCCACUACACAGACAACGUGAGGCAGAGUCCCUGGUGUGGUGCCCUUGGGAGCAUGCGUUGGGUGGCGAGGCAGACCUGCUCAACUGUUUCUAGUGGAAGACAGAAAAGCUUUGGAUUUCAAGGAUGUAUUUCUGAGCAAGAAUGAGUGAAUACUCCAGACACUACAUAGCCUGAGAGGGUCUCUUUGCUGCCGCAGCCAAGUAUGCUUCUGUGGGAUUCUUGGAGCUGUUUUCUUCGCUCUCCUUCAGGUUGCCCUUCUGCCCUUUAAAGACUUUUAUUCCUUCUGUAGGAGCGUGCACUAUUUUCAGCUCUGAGCUCAGAACUGGUAUCCCGAGUUCUCACAUUUGUCUGUAGCUGGGAAAGUGACUCUUCUGUGCACUUCUCAGCUGAACCUGUGAUAACCUAGACUCUGUCUUUUGAUGUUUGAGUUUUGUUCUGAACUAGCAGAGCUGGGAGGAUAAGUUAGCACAAGUGGCAGGGAGACAGCUGGGCAGAUGACGUCAAAACUGAUCAAACUAAAAAUGUCCUUGCAUCAACCCAGUUACCAGUGGGGGUCAUUACCAUAGGGCAGCACUGGGCCAGCAACCCGUAGCAUUUAAACAAAGGACUAUGUAUUUCAAGGGAUGAAGAGAAAAAACAAACUGAACACGAGACUUCUUUUUUUAGAAUAUGAGCCAGCAACUAACGGCCAGAUACUCAGGAGAAACUCUCUUUGAGUUUGUUCUCUAGUUGGGUUUGUUCUCUAGUUGGCCGCUUGGGUAAUUCUUAACAUCAUCUUCUGAAGCACUGAGUACAUUCCUGGUAAGACGCAAUCUUUAGGAAUAGGUGCACUGAGUCUUCGUAGUUCUCAUGUUCUUAUUGCUGGUGUUAUCUUCUGAGCUCUCUUGGAAGCACUGCACUAUUUGGGGAUAGCAAGCUAUGCCUGAAGACUCAAUCGUCCUUCUGUUUUCUUUGCCAAUUUGGGAGGGGACGGAAGUGAAAUUCACUGGUAGCCACAUUUAAAUUUGAGCACAGUUAACCACCCAGAUGUUAAAAAAGCUAUUAUUGCUUUUCUGAGGCAUCUGCUCCUCUCCGGAAUCCGAGUAGAUAAGUAUAGACUUUUUUGUCCCUUUUGUUACAGCAUUUGUGUUCCAGACUGUAAAAGGAUGCCUUUAGUUAAUCAUUACCUGGCAGAGAAAUGAUCUUCAGUUAGACUUUUUGAUGCUGCUAGGUAGUCUUCUCUCUCUUGCUGAUCCGGUUUGGAUGCUUUCCCUCCUGGUUUUGCAGCAGUAUCCAUCAAUAGGCAAGGAGCAUUCCCAAGGCUGCACUGACACUGGCAAUGACGCUGAUACAUAGACAAAAGUAAAUUGGCGUUAUCACUGCCCAAUUAGCAACAGUAGGGUGGAAGGUGAAUUGUCAUUUGCUAAAUACAGAGGAAAAUGUGGGGUUUUUUUCUAGCGGCUCUAAGGGGUUCCACUCAAGGAAGAAAUUGAAACUCUCUGAAAUUUAAAACUCAAGCUUGACUUGGGUUUGCAUUGUUUGGGAUUUUUCCACAUAUAAUACUUUAGAGUGAGUUUGUAGUAAAACUUCUGCUCUUUGGGAAGCUGUCAUAAUGACUGGCCUUUUGUAUUUCCAAACCGCCAUCAAGAUACUAACUAAUUCUUAUGUCAUUGCUUGUCAUUGGUGGGAAAUAAGUGGCUUUUAAGUCUCUGUUAUAAAGGAGGAGAUGAGACCACAGAGGAAGCUCAUAUCAGAGGCGGUCCUGGCUCUCAGCCCAGUGCGAAGGGCUUUAAGAAGUCACCCUGCUUCCUUGCUCAGAAAGAGAGUAAGUAUCGCAGGAGCAGUUUUUUCCCUUCUCCUUGCAAUCUGUUCUUUAAACAGCUGGAAAGGGGUGUUGUGGUCUGAGUGGGAAAGCUAGCAUGUGACCUGGCUAGAAGAAUUAGCAUUCUCGUUAGUAUUCUCAUUAUCUACGUUUAGUGCCAGCAGUGGUUUUAGCAGAAACAUGGUAAAGGUGGUACUGCUGGGGCUGAUUGGCAGGCAGGGUGACUAGCAUGGAUGGUUCUUCAAAGACGUCAUUAGCCGGGAGUUACCAUGUUGGUGGGAUGAACUAAUGGUUUGCAUGAGCAAAACAAGGACUUUGUUCUCUGUUGCUGGCAAGUUUCUGUCGGCGGGGAUAUGAAUUAAAAGCCGCUAAACUAGAAAUUAAAGAGGUGAUAAUUUUAUGGGCAGAUCUGUUGGGUUUGUUGUUGGUAGAAAAAACCAAUAUUGUAUUUUAUCCUUCCUAGUUGACCAGGCUUAAGAAAGCACAUCUGUAUUCCAGCUGUCUAGAAAUGUGAACCCUAAUUCUGACCUCUUUGGCUUCAAAUCAUUUUCUUCCCUGUACCGUUGCAGAGGCAGCCCUGAAAAGCAGCAUGAUCAGCAUUCAGGAGGACCCAGAGUGAAAUCUCCCUCUUAGCCCCACCAAGCAGUGGCAGCCUACAAUAGAGGGAGUAAACUCUGAAAUUUCCUUCCCAUGUGGAUACAGUGGAAAAUACUUGUGAAUUUGCAGUGCACAUAUUUUUCUCUUUCUUCUUUUUCCCCAGCUGGGUUGCACCCUGUCCUCUUUGCUUCUGAAGCACUAAUGAUGAAUACAUGUUUUUUAAUGAAACAUGUUUUUUAAAAUAUCAUAUCCAGACGUCAAACCAAAAUUCACUCUUUUACUGAGGGCCUCUCUCGGUGAGCUGCUCAGAUGACCACUGAAAUACCGAUAUUACAAUUCCUUGUGGACCAUGCCCUUUUGGGUAGAAUUUGUUGUGUCUUUUAUGAACUGUUUUGACCCUUCUUCACCUCCAUUUGUCCUCCUUUGGGAUUCUGAAGAUCCAGGGCAAGUUCAGCCUUGCUGGGUUACUGCAGAGAGUUCUCUGACAAGUGUGUAGAAACUCUUCAGAAGAGUCAGGAACCUGGAGAAAGAGGAAGAUGUUUUGUCGUGCAGCUAAUUCAUUUGGCACUUAGGCUUGCCUGGCCAACAAACUACCUCAGCGAAGGCCAUUCCCAAGCACCGUGUGGAUUCUGUAGUUUCUGGCAUUCAGAAUGCAAAAGGUCUUCAAAGAACCUUUCCAACAGGCAGCUAGGUACUGGUCUCUGAGGGCACGUGAGGGAGCCUCGCAGCAACACGCUGUUGGAUCCUCGUUUUCAGUGGUCAGACUUGGGCCAGGGAAAGCCCUAAAAAUCAGGUGGGAUCAGGAAAACACAAGAGCUGCAGACAUCUUGUCUCCAGGUUAUUGCCGUCUUACUCAGAUCCUUCCUUAAGCCUCAGUCCUGUUUGUAACGCCUACAGAAUGGAAUGUAAUACUUGAAAAAUAUGACACUCUCUGUCCUUUAGCUCCCAUUUCCCCCGUGUUUAUCUCUUAUCUGGGACAAGAACUUUCUGCAUCAUUGUGUCUUGUACAGGCUGAGCACAUAGUUGAAACUUGCCAAUAAAGAAAAUUAUUUAUACCAUGCACUGGUAAGCUUGGUAAUUAUAGACCCAUGAAAAGACAAAACGCCUCUCCUAGAGGUCAAUUUAAGAUGUGGGCUUGUUUCAGAAAACCAAGACCUUACCUGUGUGAGGGUCUGUCUGUAGCCCCUGUCAGUAUUACUGAAGUACCCCAGGAGCGAAUGGAAAACAGGCUCGCCAGGAGCGCUGGUGCUGUGCGAAUGGCUGCGCUGGAGUCUGUCGCGUGAGAACAGUCAGGCCAGGGCUUCUCAUCGUCCCUGGCCAGAGCUGGCUGCUGCAGGGAUGAGGGAAAGGACAGAGGCCUGUUCAGAGAAGCAAGGGCAGGGAGAAGGGCUGGAGACAGGGGAAUGGAAGAAAGCAAGCAGGAGGAGCAAAAGAAAGCAAGACUACGUGGGGCAAAGCAGAGCAGAGAAAAGAAAUGGAAAGAGAUGAGAAGAAGGGAAAGCGAGGGUAGGAAAAAUCCAGGGGCGAAAUAGGGCUCCAUUGUGAGGAGACAAGUAUCCCUGCAGGUACAGGGUUUGAAAGUACAAUGGAAAGAUGAGAACAAAAAGGCUCUUUAUCCCACCACGAUUUCUGACUUGGGUUGAUCUCUGUUCCAAAGUGUGGUGGAAGAGUUUCUCAGCUGCAGAUGGGGACAAAAGUGGGCACUAAAUCACCCCUAGCUCUGCUUCUACUGCCAAGUCAUCCCACCCUGACCGGAGCCUUGUUUGACUUCUGUGGUACAACAUGGGACAAGGCAGAUCAGGCAGACCUUGGGGCAGCCAGAGCCUGUCCUCAUGUGGACUGAAUUAAUUAAAAAAUCCCCUGGCUAGCAAUGUUCCUGGGACUAGCCAAAGGUUCAGCUCGCCAGUGUGGUUUGCACCUUCCUAGUUCGAGUGUCACGAUCAGCCUAGUUGAAACCAGUGUCACCUUCCAGAGGUCCUGGGUCCUGAGUGAGCAGAGGAGAUGAUGCCGGGCAGGACCUGAGAGUCAGGUAAUUCUCGGCUGUCUCUUGGAGUAUCUGUGCAAGGUUCCUGUUCUCUGGGCCAUCACAUCUGGUAGUUCUGUGCCAAAACCCCUCUGUGCAGUAAUGCCUCCCUGUUUUCUGAGGAUCUGGUUUAUUUAGGGGCACAUAUAAAAAGGCAGUUCAGCAGAGCAGCUAGACAGGGGCAUGUGGUAAUUUUAACGUAACCCUUGAGGAGCUGAGCCUGGAGAGCCGCGCUGAGGGCCUGCAGCAGGGCUACAUUAAGCAGCAGCCCCUGGGGCACCUUCCUGGGAGAACGGCGCUCCUGGCUGGAGUGUGUUAGCAGGGUAGUAAGCUCUCAGUGUCUGUUCUUCUUCACUCUGUAGUGUCCCAGCAGGUGUCAAAUGCUUCAGACAGAGAAGCUCAUCCCAGUCCAUGUCUAGGAAGGAAGAAGUACUUAAGGGCAUGUUUACUAUUGGGAGCGCCCGGGGAACUCAAAAGCCUUGUAAGCUUGGCUCGGUCUGUCCUGGGCAGAGAGGUGGCGCAGAAAGGCGGCCGCCGCGAGCCAUGAGCAAUAUCGGUCUGCUGGCGCUCAGCAGACUUUUCACCACCCAGGGAAUUUGCAUCUUUUUUCUUUUUCCUGAAUUUACACUGGGAAAUGUACACCUCGACCAAUUCCUGCUCUUUUGUUGCCUGCCUUCUUUUAUCUGUGUUGUCGGAAAAGAUGUGAAGUAUAGUUGCCUCUGAGCUUCCAGAAAGCACUUUUCUUAGUGAGCAACCAGAAUGGCCGGGGGGGGCGGGGGUGUAGCUGAGGUCGGGAGGGAGGCAGUGGCUUAUGCCGGUCCGGCACGGAGCUCCCAGGGCUGUGUUCAGCGGCCACCCGUGAUUGUGGAUCCCCAGUGCUGAGGGUUGAGGCUGCAGCAGCACUGGGGCGACGCUGUGUCCGUGCAAGCACAGACCUGUCAGAUCCAGAUCUAUCCAGAUCUAUCAGGCCGGGCAUGCUGAAAUUGAGCGGGGCAGGACACUUAUUUAAAAAAGAAAGGGAGAAUCCCUCUGUGCCUCGCAUUCCCCUCGGUAAAGCGGGUACCGGCAGCUCUGGCACUGCACGAGCUGUUUUCCGUGGGUUGCGGGCACUGCUGAAGGAGGAGGUACAGUCGCGCUCCAUGCUGGGUGCGGCAGGAGGCUGCUUGUUUCUGCUUGUUCUGGGCUAAUGUGUAAUUUCUAAUCAUAGUCUCAUACGUUUUUUCCCUUUAACUAUCACUGGCAUCAAAACACUGAUUGACUCUAGAGCCAGAAGUAGCAUCUUACCCACCAGCUCUCCCUUCCAGAAGGUACGUUGUCUCUGAGUCAUUCCUGAUGCCCUACAUGACAGGCAGCCAAGACCCUCCUUAAGGAGGGUUUUUGCUACUGCAUAAGCCCCUGAGGCUGGGGCAGCUUCCCGGCAGCCCCAUGCAACCAGAGCCAAGAGGCGGUUAUGCCCCACGGACUACUUACAGCUGCCGGGCCCCCCCAGGCACCCUUUUACGCUGGCAGAGGCACCGUGGCCACCUCUCAUAGUCCCACAGGAGCAAAAAACGGGGGUGCUGUUGCAAACUACGUUAAGCAAGGUAACCGGGAGGAAGAUGGCUACUGCCAACCUGUUCAGGCUCCUGCGCGGGAAGGAAACAACUUCGCAGUGUUAACAACAGCGGAGCCCGUGGUGCAGAGCGGCAGCUUGCCUGGGAGGGCCCGGUGCAGCGGUGGUGUGGCUUCCCAUGUGGUACUUCCAUCUUUUGGGGGCUGACUGGCUCUAAUCUGCAAGCACCCACCGUGUCGUCCGCAGCCGAGGGCAGGCAGGUUGUGAAGGCAGCUCUGCCGGGGUAGAGAAAACACUCAGGCCUCCAUCACAGCUUCGCGUUCCUGCAAUCAUGCAGGCACCAUCUCAGCGGACUUGUUGAUGCCACCACCCGCCUGUGUGCUGUGCUUCGUCCUGUCCCUUCGCACCCACCGCGUUUCACCGAGACCAAGCUGUAAAAAGGGACUCCUGGCUUGGGGUCGGACCAGGAGCUGACACUGCAGGGCGCCGUGUCCGAGCUCCGGUCCCUCCUCGGCCCGCCCGACUUUUCACCAGGUGCUUUUGCUGAACAACCCCCGGUUCUGGCAGUGCAGCCCCCCACGUCCAUGGGCCCAGCGCUGCGAGGGGACAGUGGCAGCUUCUCUCCCGGCUGGGUUUCCCCACGGUGAAGCCACAGCUCUCUGCCCUCCGUGAGCCGGAGCCACCCGCCUGUGCUGCCCCUCUCCCCGCCAGUCUCCCGUCCUCGCAGGCCCUGGUGUAAAAUGCCCUUUCUGACCGGUACUGCUCUGUUGUCACAGAAUCACAUCUUAAGAACACCGACUCGUGAGCUGGUUUGGGUUUUUUAAAUAUCUCUAUUUUUUUUAGCCUUGAUGCUCAUAGUGAUCUGCAGUCUCUUUGCUGCCUUCAAGUCCCUUGUGGUUUUCAGUUUUGGUACAAAUGUGUUUAGAUU